AUGUCCCAAAUGGAACCAAAAGAAACAGAGACACCAUCUCGAAAACAACUUAGACAGCCUCCUUCUGUGCCUUUUGUUUGGGAAGAACGUCCUGGCUUCCCGAAGAAGAACUGGCAACCUUCACUAGCCACCUUUGUGCCUUCUCCUCCUCCUCUUCCUCCCCCUAUACCAGUCCCGGUUAAGCUGGUCACUUCGGUUCCGUUCCGUUGGGAAGAUACCCCUGGUAAACCGGUCUCUACUUCCACAAACGACUCACCAAAGCUUCCACAGCCACCUUCAGAAACCAUCAUGACUCCUCCUCCAUUACCACCUCCGGUUCCAGUUCCGGUUAAGCUGGUCACAUCGGUUCCAUUCGACUGGGAAGAAACUCCUGGACAACCAUACCCUUGCUUUGUUGAUUUCAACCCACCUGACACGUUGGAUCAGCCUCUACCACCACCUCCCAUGUAUGGUGGUGGUGAGGUUGAAACCAGCAGCGAUACUUACGACGACGCAAGCAGUGACUCCUUCAGCUCUGUACCCAUAUCAGGUGCUAUUGACAACCUGACGAGCUCGAUACCAACAUCGCCAGCUUAUGAAUCUGAUGACAGUACGAGCAGUUACAUGACAGGAGCUUCCAGCCUCGUUGGAGCUUCCUUCUUGGAAAAGCUCUUUCCACGUCUUCUCCCACAGGAAAAGGUCGAAGCUAUUGGUUCUGAGGAUGUUCAGGAUUCUACUCGUCCAUUGCAUGAAGACGUGAAGCUUACUACAGAUUCUGAUAACAUGAAGAUUGGCUUUCCUGUGAAGAUACCGCAGACACUCGGGGAGCUGAUAAUGCUGAGUAGAAAGAGAAGCUAUAUGAGAAGAGCUGUUGCAAUGAGAAAACACAAUCCUUCCAUGGUAUAA